AUGAGCCUGGGUAAUGGAGGAGGCCAGAGGAUGCCCAAUUGGCAGAUCACCACAUACUCUCAAGGCCCAGUGCUAUGUCAGAAGCCUUACCAAGUGCAAAGCAACCUGGCCAGCCUACGUCCCCACCUGGCCCUUGCCCUGAAGGACACAGCUGGCCGACUAGGUGACGCAGGGCUCUGGCAACAGAGUAACCUACAGCUGCCAGCAGGGAGGUCCCAGGGGAGGACCCAAGAGCCCUUUGAACAGCAGAGUAACCUGUGCUUCCGAGGGACCAGUAGCCCCCAUCGGCAGGACAGCUGCCUGCCACCAACUGGCCCAUCUUCCCACCAGAAGCAGACACUCCAGGUCGCAGACACCCUCUGCUUGGACUUGAGACUCUCUGGGGGUUUGCCACCUCUUGAUGGGCGCACAUGGCCUGGCCCUAGGCCCUGGUGUAGUUCAGGAAGCUGGGCACCCAGGCUUGUGGGGGAGCCCCUUGCCUUGGAGGACCUGUCUGUCUUUGCCCACAGUCAAUCUCAGAACGAGGCUCAAAGCAUUUCGACCCUGGACUCCCAGGCAGCUUGCUGGACGCUGCUGUCCAAAAGUUUCAGAGUCUGGAGGCACUUGUCACAGAGGCGCCAGGCAGUGGCUAAGGCCACAGCUGUGAGACACAGGCAGCUGAUUCGAGAGCACCUCAGAGAACUGCACUGGGUCCUAUGGCUCCAGGAGGCCCAAUUGGAGGCAGCUUGGGGACAGCAUGCAAAGGCCCUUCUAGCCCGGAGCUUCCAAGAGUGGAGACGUGUCACUUUGCAGCAGAAACUGGAGCAACCUCAUACCCAGGCUGCGCCAACAUCCCUUGCUUCUAGGGGAAGCCUUUCCUUGGAAAAAAAAGCAGCCGCAGAACUUGCCUGGAGAUGCAGGUGCUUUCGGGCCUGGCAAUGGUUGGUGCAAAGAGGGGCCCAGUACAGAGGACUCCUGGCCCACCGGAGACUGAAGACCUUAAGGGUAUGCCUGGAACAGUGGAUGGAGAUGAAGCAGCUCCGGGCCUCAGAUGUGACAAGAGUGACUCGGUUUGCCCUCUACUGGCAGAAAGCAGGGAAUGAGGUUCUCAGCAGCUUAGUCCCAGGAACUGCCAUGGCUCAUUGCCUGGAGACAGAGGCCCAGGCCCAACAGCUAUCCAAGGGUCCAGAUCAGUGCUCUCCGUGGGAAAUCUGCCAAAAGUUGGCCCUGUACCAGGCCCUGCUGCUCUGGAAGACACGAUUCUACCAGCACCAGCAAACUAUCUCCUUUCAGGGCAUGCAGAAGCGGGUUCUACAGCACAUCCUGAGCCAGUGGCACUUGAGGGUCUGGGAUCCAGACCCUCCCUCAGGCGACAUGAAGACCAUUGUCCUCCUCAGCUGGAGCCACUGGACUGCAGUUCAAGGGGCCUGGGGAGAGCUAGCUGCUCACUGGGCCCGAGAUCGGAGCUGCAGGACUGUGAUGGGUUUGUGGAGGCGGCGGCUGGCGGGGUGGUGGGCAGUGCAGGAGCGUCCAGGAGCGAGGCCAGGGACUGGACAGCAGUUUCUCCGAGAACAGUACCAGGGGUGGGUACAAAUCCACCUCCAGGUUCUUCAGAAGGUUGUGUCUAGGGACUGGCAGCAGGCCAUAGCUGAGAUGACUUCAGAGGGAGGGGCUUGUCGGGCUUCUGUGGUGUGGCGAGCCACCCUAGGCCAGUGCCGUGAGGCCGAGCAACAGGCAGGAAGGAGAGCUCAAGUCUUGACCUCAGCCCAGGUGGCCCUGUGCUGGGUCCUGUGGAUGUUUCAGUCCUGCCUAGGCUGGAUCCACCAAGCUCAUGCUGCCCAGCAGCCAACAACCCUGGUCCCAGAGGUCUGGAUGCGGUUAGCGGCCCAGGCUUAUGUCCGACAAGCUGGUAUCACCCAAUGCUGGCAGGGCCUUCGGUGUCUCCUUAGGACCCACCGGGUUCAGUCUCAGUCAACUCUGGUGGAACAGAAGCUGGAGCUACAGCCCCAGGUGACACAGGGAGACCCCUCUGCUCAAGCCUCCAGUUCUGGCUGCCCCUGGCUACGUGGGCCCUCCGCUGGCCUCCUAGAGGAGGCCUUUGAAAAGUGGCAUCAGUGCCUGGUAGCCAGAGCCUACAAGAAGAACUGGCAGCAGCCAGUGCCCCUGGAAACAGUUGACAGUGGCUCAGAUGUAGCAGGCGUGGGGUGA